GGAGUUACUGAUGGAGAGGAUGGUGAAGGGAUCAGGGGAAGGGGGUGGUGUGGAAUGGAGUUGGGACGGGGAAGCCAACCCGCUGAGGGUUUUAUUAUUGUCAAAGAAGAGUGAGACACAAGGAGAGUGGAGAGAGGAAGCAAAUAUUAGGUGGGUAAGGGGCUGCAGGGUGUUCCAAAUAGGGCCCUGAGGCUGGGGGCUUCUCUGUGAGACCCAACUCCUGGUCCCCCAAGCCAAAAUGUCCUCAGAACAAAGCUCCCCUGUUGGGUUGCUUGUUUGAGUUGGGGGAGGCAUGUUCGCGGGGCCCCCUUGCUAUAGAGGAGCUGUUCUAAGCCCAAGAGGGAAGGCCUUGGCUGAGGAGCCGAUUGGCGCCCUGGGCUCCCGUUGCCCAGUGACAGGGAUGGCAGUGUUGGCAGCAGGACUGCACAACCCCACCCCAUUCCCCCGCCCAGCUUGGGGCUUGGCCCUCCGGGGCCCCUUGACCCUGCAGAACAUGUGAGAGCGUGUGUGCCAGGCACCCUGUGCAAUGGGCUCACCAUGCAUUCCCGUCUCUGCCCUGUCUGCCUGGGGAAGCUGCUCAGAUAGGAUUCUGGGCUUGGCUCCCAUUCAGGGAACCCAAGAUCCCAGGGUGUCCUAAGGCCCCUUGCCUGCAUCUCUCCACAGUCAGUAACUGUCCUCUGUCUUGCUGAACGGGGCCAUCUGGGUCCCUCCUGCUUCUGCUUGGCCCCUGUCAGUUCCUCUCCUCAACCUGUUGCCUGCCUCUCCAUUGCUAACCAUUUCUUUGUGCCUAGCUCCCUUCCCAUCGCCUUAUGUCCAUCUUCAAUGUGGUCUCUAGCUCGCAGUCUCUUUCUGUUUGGUCCCCCUUCAUUCCCACAGUUCCCGGUCCUCUCACAUCCUGUCUGUCUGAGUCUUCCUCUGUGUGUCUCUUGCUCAGUCUCUCUCUCGUUAAUCUCUACCAGUCCCUGACUCUCUGUCUCUAAUCAGUGUCUUUGAUGGGUCACUUCCGUCAGUGAAUGGGGGCAAGAGAGGUGAUGAUGGCAAGAGGGAAGGAUGUUGUGAGACAUGAUAAUUAAUGAGAAUUCUUACAAAAGGGAGGGACAGCCUCUCUCUCUGUCUGUGUCUCUCCACCUCUUCAGUCUGGCUCUCUGUCUGUGCCUCUUUGACCCUGUGCUUAUUUUGUGUGUAUUUCUCUCUCACACUAGUGCCUGUCUCUCUCGUGCUGUCUCUCUGUCUCUGGUCUUAGUAUCUCUGUUCCCUCCAUGACUUGACUCUUGGGCCUGGGCCUGGCACAGUCUGUUUCUCUCACACACUGUCUCUCUGGAGCACCCAGGCCUUCGCUGCCAUGCAACCUGUCAGUGUCUGGCAAUGGAGCCCAUGGGGGCUGCUGCUGUGCCUGCUGUGCAGCUCACUCCUGGGAUCUCCCUCCCCAUCCACGGCCCCCGAGAAGAGGGCCGGGAGCCAGGGGCUGCGGUUCCGGCUGGCCGGCUUCCCCAGGAAGCCCUUCGAAGGCCGCGUGGAGAUACAGCGAGCUGGUGAAUGGGGCACCAUCUGCGAUGAUGACUUCACACUGCAAGCUGCCCAUGUCCUCUGCCACGAGCUGGGCUUCACAGAGGCCACAGGCUGGACCCAUAGUGCCAAAUAUGGCCCUGGAACAGGCCGCAUCUGGCUGGACAACCUAAGCUGCAGUGGGACUGAACAGAGUGUGACUGAAUGUACCUUCCGGGGCUGGGGGAACAGUGACUGUACCCACGAUGAGGAUGCUGGAGUCAUCUGCAAGGACCAGCGCCUCCCUGGUUUCUCAGAUUCUAACGUCAUCGAGGUAGAACAUCACCUGCAAGUGGAGGAGGUGCGGCUGCGACCAGCUGUUGGGUGGGGCAGGCGGCCCCUGCCUGUGACUGAGGGGCUGGUCGAAGUCAGGCUUCCUGACGGCUGGUCGCAAGUGUGUGACAAAGGCUGGAGCGCCCACAACAGCCACGUGGUCUGCGGGUUGCUAGGCUUCCCUAGCGAAAAGAGGGUCAACGCAGCCUUCUACAGAAAGUUGAGGAAGCGAGCGGCCAAAGCUUCGGCCCGACGCCCCAAGCCCCUUGGAAGACCAAUCACCAAGCUUAAGGGCAAACCCAAACGCCAAGUGGGCAGGGGGCCAAUCAAGAGGCUGCUGGCCCAGCGGCAGCGACACUCCUUUGGUCUGCGUGGGGUGGCGUGCGUGGGCACGGAAGCCCACCUCUCCCUCUGCUCCUUGGAGUUCUAUCGUGCCAAUGACACCACCAGGUGCCCUGGGGGGGCCCCUGCGGUGGUGAGCUGUGUGCCAGGCCCUCUCUUCGCAGCAUCCAGUGGCCAGAAGAAGCAACAGCAGUCGAAGCCUCAGGGGGAGACUCGAGUGCGUCUCAAGGGUGGAGCCCACCCUGGAGAGGGCCGGGUGGAAGUCCUGAAGGCCGGCACGUGGGGCACAGUCUGUGACCGCAAGUGGGACCUGCAGGCAGCCAGUGUUGUGUGUCGGGAGCUGGGCUUCGGAAGUGCUCGAGAGGCUCUGACUGGUGCCCGCAUGGGGCAGGGCAUGGGUGCCAUCCACUUGAGUGAAGUUCGAUGCUCUGGACAGGAACCCUCCCUCUGGAAGUGCCCCUACAAGAACAUCACAGCUGAAGACUGUUCCCAUAGCCGGGAUGCUGGAGUCCGAUGCAACCUGCCCUACACAGGGGUGGACACCAAGAUACGACUCAGUGGGGGCCGCAGCCGACAUGAGGGGCGAGUUGAGGUGCAAAUAGGGGCACUUGGGUCCCUUCGCUGGGGCCUCAUCUGUGGGGAUGACUGGGGAACACUGGAGGCCAUGGUGGCCUGUAGGCAACUUGGACUGGGCUAUGCCAAUCAUGGCCUGCAGGAGACCUGGUACUGGGACUCGGGGAAUGUAACAGAGGUGGUGAUGAGUGGAGUACACUGCACAGGGACCGAGCUGUCCCUGGACCAAUGUGCUCAUCACAGCACCCACAUCGCCUGCAAGAGGACAGGAACCCGCUUCACGGCUGGAGUCAUCUGUUCUGAGACUGCAUCUGAUCUGCUGCUGCACUCCGCACUGGUGCAGGAGACCGCCUACAUUGAGGACCGGCCACUGCACAUGUUGUACUGCGCUGCAGAGGAGAACUGCCUGGCUCGCUCAGCCCGCUCAGCCAACUGGCCUUAUGGCCACCGGCGUCUGCUCCGGUUCUCCUCCCAGAUCCACAACCUGGGACGAGCUGACUUCAGGCCCAAGGCUGGGCGCCACUCCUGGGUGUGGCAUGAGUGUCAUGGGCAUUACCACAGUAUGGACAUCUUCACUCACUAUGACAUCCUGACCCCUAAUGGCACCAAGGUGGCUGAGGGCCACAAAGCUAGUUUCUGUCUAGAAGACACCGAGUGUCAGGAGGAUGUCUCCAAGAGGUAUGAGUGUGCCAACUUCGGAGAGCAGGGCAUCACCGUAGGUUGCUGGGACCUCUACCGGCAUGACAUUGACUGUCAGUGGAUUGACAUCACAGAUGUAAAGCCAGGGAACUACAUUCUGCAGGUGGUCAUCAACCCCAAUUAUGAAGUAGCAGAGAGUGACUUCACCAACAAUGCAAUGAAAUGUAACUGCAAAUACGACGGACACCGCAUCUGGGUGCACAACUGCCACAUUGGUGAUGCCUUCGGUGAAGAGGCUAACAGGAGGUUCGAGCGCUACCCUGGCCAGACCAGCAACCAGAUUGUUUAAGGUGCAACCACCCUCCUCUGCAAAUCACCACUGGCCCCUAAUGGCAGGGGUCUGAGGCUUCCAUUACCUCAGGAGCUUACCAAGGAACCCCUGAUGUCCGCAGGCCCAUGGCACCCGUCCGGCUUGCAGUCUGGGUGGGAACUGUAAGCAGACAUCAUUUCUCUCCUUCCCAGACAAGCCUGAAUCUGCUCCCAAGCCCAGCACCAUGCAGAGCACACACCACAAAGAGCAAUACCUGAUUAACUGUCCAGAACAGACAGCAGCAGCUUGUUUUUUUGAUAGGGAGGUCAGAGUGGUCAAUUCCGGUAUCUCCUCUCAGUAAGGGAGGAUACAGCUUUACCUCUAGCCUUUCUGUGGGGGAAAAGAUCAGGACUCCUCCCCCCUCAUUUUUGACUAUAACAUGUUGCUAGGUAUAAUUUUAUUUCAUAUAAAAAGUGUUUUUGUGAUUCCUCAGA